AUGGAGUCUGCAGAGCCGGUGCCCUUCGACUUCCAUGGUCACCCUGUGGGCGCUUUUGCUCAUCGUCGGCCCAUGGAUGCACCCCUAUACCCUUACUAUUCGCAUCCCAAUACACCAUCCUUCUCACUGCCAUACCAGGCACCAACGUCCGCCGCAUACAACUAUGGUUCCUUAACCCAGCCCACGCCGUACCACUACCUCGUGGGGCAGCCGCUGAGCUCUCCUGCACGCUUGGUACCCGAGCAGUCGCAGUCUCUUCCGGACAUUCGUCCGGCCAAAAAUGCCAUCAGCCAAGUCGUCAAGGUUGAACACGCUGCUAGCCCACGCUAUGGAGGUCCAACGGUGUCCACGGACUCUCCGGGUAAGGAACAAGACGUCGAGUCCGACUUCUCCACGGGAGUCGAUGUCCUGAUGAAGGCCAUUCAGGCCCGACCAGGCUCGUCGCCCGUGCAACAGUCCCUACCUCCCCUCCAACACCUCCCUUCUCCAGGAUAUCAUAGCUAUCCCGUGACCCCGCCACGUUGCAUGAUGACCAACGAAGAUUGUGGCAAGAGCUUUGCUCAAAAGACACAUCUGGAUAUCCAUACACGAGCACAUACAGGGGACAAGCCAUUUUUCUGCGAGGAACCCGGGUGUGGGCAGCGCUUCUCGCAGCUAGGCAACCUGAAGACUCAUCAACGCCGUCACACGGGCGAAAAACCUUUCUCCUGUGAGAUCUGCCACAAGCGCUUCGCCCAGCGCGGCAACGUUCGCGCCCAUAUCAUUACCCACAUGAAUACGAAGCCCUUCAAAUGCCGCCUAGACGACUGUGGCAAGCAUUUUACCCAGCUGGGUAACCUCAAGUCGCACCAGAAUAAGUUCCACGCCAGAACCCUCGGACUGUUAACGAAACGUUUCUCUGAAGAGAUCGGACCUGCCAACGCAGAGGAACAAGAUAUGUGGGUAUAUUUCGCCAAUCUAUACAAGAAUAGCAACAAGGGCAUCAAGGGACGAGGCAAGGACCGGCGUAUCGGCGCUGUACAACGUUCUGCCGCGGCGGGCGACCACAUGCGACGGAUGGCUUCUCUAGAGUCAGAGGAGGAUAUCCACUCCCGCCGGGGCAGUUACGAAGAUAGUGUGUCAAUGUACACGGGUGGAUCAAGCAGUGACGGGGAUGAAUCCGGACCGUACUACAUGGAACGAAGGGGGCCAUGA